GGAAUACUCUUGAGCUUCAUCAUGGGAGCUGUAGUAGCUGAUGAUGGUCCAUCUGGUGUUAAAGCCCCUGAUGGAGGUUGGGGCUGGGCCGUCCUUUUUGGCUGUUUUAUCAUCACAGGAUUCUCCUAUGCCUUUCCAAAGGCAGUUAGUGUCUUCUUUAAAGAACUUAUCCGUGAAUUUGGCAUUGGAUAUAGUGACACUGCAUGGAUUUCCUCCAUUCUGUUGGCCAUGCUUUAUGGAACAGGUCCACUCUGUAGUGUAUGUGUCAAUCGCUUUGGCUGUCGCCCUGUCAUGCUGGUGGGUGGCCUUUUUGCCUCAAUGGGGAUGGUGAUAGCCUCCUUCUGCACGAGCAUUGUUCAGAUCUAUCUAACUGCAGGUGUGAUUACUGGUUUGGGUCUGGCACUAAACUUUCAGCCUUCACUCAUCAUGUUAAAUCGUUACUUUGACAAACGCCGGCCUCUGGCCAAUGGACUAUCCGCUGCUGGGAGUCCAGUGUUUCUUUGUGCUCUCUCACCACUGGGGCAGAUACUACAACACGAGUAUGGUUGGAGAGGAGGAUUCCUUAUACUGGGUGGGAUGCUGCUGAACUGCUGUGUAUGUGGGGCAUUAAUGAGACCUCUGGAGCCAUCCAACAAGUCUGAAGAUACUAAAGAACCAGCUGAGAAGAAAGUGAAGAAAAAACUUCUGGAUUUCAGUGUGUUUAAAGAUGGUGGUUUUGUAAUCUACACACUAGCAGCAUCCAUCAUGGUGCUUGGGCUCUUUGUUCCCCCAGUUUUUGUUGUGAGUUAUGCCAAGGAUUUAAAGUAUCAUGACACCAAAGCAGCUUUCCUUCUAACUAUUCUGGGAUUCAUUGAUAUCUUUGCUCGGCCUAUUUGUGGAAUGGUAGCUGGUCUCAAGUGGGUUAGACCACGCUGUGUCUACCUCUUCAGUUUUGCUAUGAUUUUCAAUGGCUUUACAGAUCUUAUGGGUUCUAUGUCUGUUGAUUAUGGUGGCCUGGUGGUCUUUUGCAUUUUCUUUGGCAUUUCUUAUGGAAUGGUAGGUGCUCUUCAGUUUGAAGUUCUCAUGGCGAUUGUUGGUACUCAGAAGUUUUCCAGUGCUAUCGGUUUAGUGCUCCUGGCAGAAGCUAUGGCUGUUCUAAUUGGUCCACCAUCAGCGGGAAAACUCUUGGAUGCAACAGGGAGGUACAUGUUUGUUUUUAUUAUUGCUGGAAUUGAAGUUACCACCUCAGCACUCGUAUUGGCCUUGGGAAAUUUCUUCUGCAUUAAGAAAAAAUCAGAAGAACCACAUACAAAAGAAGAAGCAGCAGAAAGAGAGGAAUUAAACAAAUCUGAAGACAAAACUCCUGAGGAUGCCAAGGUGGACUCUAUUGAAGUGGAGCAGUUUCUUAAAGAUGAGCCUGAAAAAAAUGGCGAAGUUGUAACUAACCCAGAAACGUGUGUGUGAGCAUGACAGAAAACCAACACAGUGUUUAGGAAAGAAAGAUUUUCAACACUAUUUAUUUUAGAAAUAGAGUUAGUUUAGGGCUGGGCCAUCUGCUUUAUUAACUGGAGGCCAGUCAGCUCAUCAGGUCUCUCUGGAAGCUGAUUAGCUAGAAAACUUUUUAUCGGAAAAUUAGCUUUAUCAGUAAAAGGUGGAGCAUUGUGAUUAUACUUUUUAUGUAAACUAAAAAGCUUUUAUAAACACAAGUAGAGUUUUGUUAUGCAUCACCAGAAGCUGCUCUGUUGGAAGAGAUAUAGGAAGACUAUAUUUUAAGAAAAGUGGAAUUAUUUGUAUGUUUUCAGACAAUAUUGGUGAAAUCACUGUGUUGUGCAGCUAAAUAUAAUUUAUUUCCCUUUCUGUGAUCUUUGUGAAGGGGAAAAGAAUUUGAGAUGGAGAAAAAUCUCAGGAACUUAAAGGUCUCCAUUAGGUUUUUGAACUUCUUACCUUUUUUUUAGAUUAACUGGCUCAGCUCUAAUUUAAUUUUGAUAUUAUUUGUUACUUUGUUUUAUGUAAAUGUUAUUUCUGAGUUUUGUCUAAACCUAUAAUCUUUGUAAUUAUCCUCUGAAAAUACUGUACGUGGCAAGGCACAUUACAGAUAUUGUCCUCAGCAGAUCACACAAGUGGUAGUCCGAGGAGGUACUAAAAGAAGAGGAAAUGAGCAGAAUUGAUCCUGACAGGCCGUAAACAAAGUUAGACUACAUUUACAUACAAGGUUUCCAGCAGUUUCCCUGCAGCACUGAGAAAUAUUACAAGUAACAUGGAGAAGACAUAUACUAGUUUAGCAGAACCUUGUGAAAAGAGUGUCCAUUUUGUAUAUAAGAGAAACAGUGUAAGUUUCAAAUGACCUGUAAAGGGUCUGGAAGGGACUGGACUAUUUUGAAACAUGUUAGUCAUCUUUAAAAUGCGAUGUUAGCAACACAGGAAGGUCUUUUGAUUUUGUUUUUGUGUUUGGUUUUUGAUUCUUUUUGUUUUUCUUCAUUUAAACCACUCCCCUACCCUUCUGCUUAAUCUAUGGAAGUUCAAGGUGCCAUUUUUGCUGACUGAGGAAACAUGAUAGAAUUGAUGAUCAUAUUUAUGGCAGCAAUGCAUAAAGACCCAUCAAGAAUGGGGUCGGAUUUGCUACUCAUUGCACAAAGAACAGGGAGUUCUGGCCAGUCUUUUCAAUGUCCUCUGACAUUGUUAUGGGGGUAGGAGAAGAAACAGAAACACCCCAGACAAGGCAGUGACAGAACAUUUGAAGAAACGUGGAAAGGGAAAAGAUGAAUUGUGAGGAUGCUGAAUAGUAAAGGAAGGUAAAGUAAAAGAAAGGCAUUUUUUUUCCCCACCCAAACACACUCAAGAAAUGUAAUCUUUUAUAUAAAUGAUGGUCCUGCAACCCACCUUUCCAAUACAUUUAUAAAAAGCUAAGCUUUGUGACUGCCAUAACAAUCUUCAAAACAGACUAACUGUAACAGAUUCAGUUUUGUUGGCAACAAAGGAAUACUGGCUUUCAGGUGCCAAAAUUAUUCCACUUAAUAACUGAAAACUAAAAGACCCAUAUCCAUUAAAACCCUGUAUCCCUUUUAAAAAUAACAUAAUUAGCUAUUUAUACUCGACCAUUUUAACAGGAACGUACAGUAAAUCCAACAAAGUGCCAAACCCAUGAACCAUUCUCUAAUGGAACUAUUUCUGAUACCAGCUUCCAUUCUGGUAGUUUCGUCAAAAUGGUUUUGCACUGUUAUGACAACUUUGAACAGAAAUUUAAAAGAUAGGAUCAUGAUUUUUUUUUUUUUUGAGUGAUUUUAAAAAGAAAUAGAUGCUGCACUGAAUAAACUGUUUAAUAACUUUUUAUUAAUUUAGUAGCAGGAAUUGCACUGGCAUGACCUAGUUAUAAGAGCUUAGUAACGGAACUUAGCUCCGGUUUGCUAAAGUCUAAAUCAGUACUUGGAACACAACACUGCUAGCUCCAGAAGGUCACCUUAGAAAAGGACAAGAGGAAAAUGGAAUCCACAGAUCAGUUUAUGGUGUCCCCAGAAGCUGCUUCAGAAGAUACAUGAAAGCCUGAUAGAGCUUUCAGAUUGGAGUUCCCUGUUCUGUUUCAAAAAGGAAAAACUAGAAACCUUCCCAAAGGUAAACUGAGAUUCUCAAAUAGCCAUCUUUGUCUUACUGCUGGUUUUGAUCACCAGAUUUCUUUGCUAGAUAAUGCUAUACUGUUAUCACAAAACUAAAUGGUUAUUCCUUUGACCUCAGGUUUUGUCACAAUUUUACGUUUCUGUACAUUCUGCAAAUUAUCUCAAAAAUUUGGGCUUAUCUUACUGACUUUCCAGACUAUGUUUCAUUUUCCAUACAUAAUGCCUUUAUGGUUAAGAUGGAAAGAAGAAGUGUUAUGUUACAAUUUUUAUGUGAUUGGGACAGAAGAGGGUGUUACUAAGAUAAGGAAAACAUAUUUCAACAAGGCACCUUCUAAAGUAAAUCUGGUGUUCACAGGAAGUGCCUCACUGGCCUGUACAAGUUCUUUUCCUUGACUCAAAGAUGAACUAGUCUGAAUAUGACUGCCAGUGAUCUUUUGCUCUUUUCAGCACAGACCCACCAAUGGAUUGCAGUAUUUGUGAGAGAUGCUUAUUGCAUGAGAAGUCAAAUCACAGGACUCUUUUAUCAGCUGUGAGAAAUAAGGGUUGGAAUUUAAUGAGCUAAGCAGUUUCACACAGGCUAUAAAAUCUUCCACUGUUUUAAUUAUUUACAAGAUGCACCAAUGGAGAUGAGAAGCUCCUAAUUCAGAUCUCUCAGCAACAUCAAAACUGGCAGGCUUGAGAAUACUUAUGAGUUCUGGAGCCAGUUAAGCUCCCUGCUUCCAUUCUGUUCCAUUCAGGGAUGAUAUCCAGGUGUGUGCUAGCCCUCCAGUCCUUUUUUCAUUUGGUUGCCUUUAUUUCCUUGGAAAGAGAUUGAUUAUACUGAUAGGAAGGAAAUCUCCACACAUGCCAGAUCCCUAGCCUGGAGGACUGGGCCAGUAUGGUAGGCUGUGCUGAGGCAUGUACCCAGUUGCUCCUAUGGACAUGGCCACAAAACAAAGGCCUUUAAACCGAGCUCUUAUUUUAUAGGCCUCCCUCUUUCCUACCCCAAGAUGUUUAAAAAAAAAAAAAAAAAAAAAAAAAAAAAAAAAGGCAAGCAAGCAGCAAGUCCUUAGGUUCCCAGCAUGGUCUUAAAACACCAGCUAAGAGCUGUUACAUAUGGGAGGGGGAUUGUAUUGGAACCCUUUCUCUUGGCAAGAGUACCCUGGCUUUGUAUUUAACUCUGCCUAUUGUAAAUUCACAAAUAAUUGCUUUUAAACUUCUCCAGGUAUUUUGGUAAAGUAUUUCUUCAGGCUCAACACCACUGCAAUCUCCUUAAGAACAGUUUGUGAGAUGUGCUCUUUCAUGUAUUUUGAGGAUGUGCACGGUUGGAGUCAUGGACCACUGCUAAAGAGAUGCUAAGUGCCCAGGGACACAAGUAGAGCAGUUCAAUGCAACAUUACCUGGAUGAACCUUUGCUCAACCUUCAUCUGGUUAAAAUUUUGUGAUUUGAAAAAAAGAAGAGUAAAUGGAAGGCAGGUAAUUGUACAACUGAAUUGCCAAACAUCCCAAAGACAACAUAAUUUGCUCUUGCAUCACACACUAUUGGAACAAAUGUAACUUCUUUAGACACAUAGUUCAUGAAUCUGUGAAGUCCAGGAGGGAAAGAAAAAAAAUAAGUCCAAAAAUUCCAAGUAUAACACUGUAAAACAGCUGAAAGAUAGUGUUUAUAGAUUAUUUCUCUGCAAAUAACAAACGGUGUUUUAGUGUACAGGGUAGCAUAAUUAAAAGCUUUUUAGAUCUUUGUACAUUCUAUAAAUUGUGUACUAUAGGAUUUAUGGUUAAUAUAUUGUAUGUUUGAUCAUGUAAUGGAUCUUAGGCCCUUAAUUUCUUAAUGCAAGGACACAGUGUGUGUAUAAAUGCCUCUAACACACAGAGAAUAUAUAGAGGUGUAUAUGUGUGUACAUAUAUAUAUUUGAAUAUAUAUGUAUCAAUCUAUAUCAAACAUGCAAAAUACCCAGUAGAAUAGAUGGUUUGCCUGUUUACUAGACAAUGAGCAAUGCAGAGUUAAAACUAUUUUUUUUCCUCCUCUUAUAAAAAGAUCAGUCUGUUUUUUUAAAUUUAAAUGUAAUUUUAAAAUUUCAGAAUAAAAUGUCUUGUAGCUGUUUGGAGCCUAGCUCUCAGCAGAACUAAAAAUCUUAAAGUGAUGCAGCGAUCUGUUUAAAGUCACAAUCUCUAGAUUUUAUUUUUCUCCAGUCUUUAAAUACACUACAGCAAGCCUUCAGCAGUACCUGCUGCUAAAGUAGCUAGUUCCCUUAAGGUGAGACUUGAGACGUAAGGAAGGUGUGAAGGACUGGACAGAUCUUGUGCUUGUUAAUAUUAAAUCCUAUCCAAACAAACAUGUUAAACAAUGUAAAAUCAUUCUCUAAAAAAUAAAUUCAAACAUUCCCCUAACCAAGCAAACUUCAAAAUACACUCAUGCAUGAAUCUUCAUUAUGCCCCAAAGAAAAGCUUCAGUUUGGUAAGCAAUCAUAGCUAGAGGGCUUUCAGAACACAAACUUACAUGUUGCAGCUUAAGUACUGACUUCUGUAUGUGUCUGUAGACCGACAUAAUCUCUACCACACUUGUCUUCAAGAUUAUGGGAGUACAAUUCUGUUUUGUGCAAGUGGGGUGACUUUUUGUUUCCUGUUAUGCACUUUAAUGUUAUGUGUACAGUUAGAUUUUUUUUUUAAUGCUUUUCUAGUAAACUGUUGCAAAUGUAGUGAAUAAAUAUUUAUUUGGUUGUCAAAAACUGUGGGUGUGAAAAAAUAAGCUUAGAAAAAACAGCUUUUAACACCCAGAUUUUGAAAUUUAGCUUCAUUUGCACAUGGUCAAAUAGCUGUACAGAAGCAGAGUGCUUACAGAGAAGGCGGCAACCAGUGACAUCGAGCUGACAGGCAGACAGAUUUUAAUGUGGGCAAUGCGACUGCUUUUGCUAUGACUCAUAGUUUGGCCAGUUUCAGAAUGGAAAUGGACUCCUGCUGUAAAGACUAUUUUAAAGCAUGAGCUAUUUUAAAAUAAUAGCUAUUAAUUCUGUGAUGCUCCCUGUAGAAAUUAUUGUUCUUGUCCUCUGAAGAGUGCUCCAGGUUUUGUUUGCAGGUAGUUUUAUGAAUUGCUAUGAUGUAUGUAGUCCUUAGCAUUCUGAGUACUGUCCUGCCAGCAAACGAUCAUCAAGUGAUGCUCUUUAGAACUUGAAAGCUCCUAAGAAAACAGAGCAUAAGAAUGCAUACAUGGUGAGGUUUUUUGGAUCCUAUGGUACCCCAGCGAAGACUGUCUCCUCAAGGUAUAAUCUCAAGGCUAUAGGCAAGUGAAUCAAAAUUACAGUCUCUUCAGUGUAACACGAGCUACGUUUUGCUAUCUAGAAGGCUCACAUCUAUUUAUACCCAAUUCUAUGUAUCUCUGCUGAGGAAUCUUGGAGAAAUAUAACUAAGCUCAGCUUCCAAAAUUCUCUGUAUACUUACAAUGGAAAGAUCAUAGGUCUAGUUUACAUAAAAACUCCUGUGUGAAUAAACAUGUGAUCACCUUUUUUUGGGUGAAAUUGGUAAGACUUAAGGCGCAAUCAAAUGCUUUGCUACCCUGUUGGCCAGAUUAAGCGAUAUGCUGCUACAGGAAUGAACGACAGAAUUUAUUAGUGUGCGGUCAGCACAUCCUUGUGACAGAAAACCAAAGAGUUUAUCAUUGCCUCUGGUACUGUGAGUCUCAAAGACAGGAGUUGGGCCAUUCGCCGUGGGGGAAAAGAGGCAUGACCUGAGUUGCAGAGCUGGCGUCCCCUUCUGCUGGACCUGUUGAAGGAAGGUGAUCCACCAAUAUUUGAAGAGUAAACAACUUUGACCAUAGCAGAGGCACUGCAUAUGAGAAGUAAUGGCUUUGGAAUACAUUCUUUUAGCAUCCUUAUCAAUGCUUCUGGAAUAGAGCUCAUCUUUGCGCAGGUAGGAAAAAGGCACAUCUACUACAAAAGUCAGGGCUCUUGAAAGUAUCUUGUUAGUGAUACAGCCUGCGAGAUCAGCAGACCUGCAUUUGUCUGAGAAAGCAGGCAAAGUCAGAAGCAGAGUAAAAAGGUACUUACCUUUAAUUAUACAUUCUUUGUUCCUUGACUGAUCUCAAUACUUGCUUCAUCAUCUCAGCAACAUUCCAGCUGGUAACUUUCCCCACUAUCCCUAGGUGAAUGCUUCGGAGCAGUAAGAAAGGAGGAUAGCUCUUGCUCUUCUGACUCCUCAUCUACUACUGUUUCAGCAGUUUAAAGCCUUUCACCAGAAAACCGAUUCCAAUGAAGAAGCAUAUCUAGAUUUUAGUAUUUACACUUUUUAAGUAGCAAAAUAUGAUUCAGUUUUGCUGAAAAAUGAGGCAUAAGAUCCGGUGGCUGACAACAUCGGACAAACUUAAAAUUUCUCAGCCGUGAGAGCAGAGAGACAUUUGCUGUUUGGGGUCUGCUAAAAAAAAAAUCUGCACAUAACCUCAAAAUACUGUGAAUAACUGACAUCCUUUCCUUAAGGAUUAUGGGGAAUACAAGCAGCUCUACAUUGCCUUUGUGCCUGUAACACUUGCAGCUUUGAACAAAGAUGAGGACUGUAAUUAAACUAAAUGUUCUGUCUACUUGUGAGAUCAGGACUAGACAGUUUCUUAUGUACCAAAUGAAUUCCUAAUCCGUUCCACAUCCCACCCCAAGUAUCCUGGACUGGUCACAGCAAACAGUAGACUAGGGCUUAACGCUUUAGAAUGAUAGACACAAUUUCCUCUUUUUCCACAUUCCUAUUUGUCCAUUAUGCUUAUAUUUCUUAGACCAAGAUCUUAGCUAUGCAUUUUGAGUCAAGAAUUUUCCCAAAAUGAUAUUAACAAAGAGAACUAUCUUAAAAAAAGAUGGAUUUUUUCGUAGACUGCGUAUUUUUGUAGAUUGCGUACAUACAGAUCUCAUCUAAUUUUCUGUUGUCCCUCUGCAGUAUGCAAUGGUUUCAUCAAAAGAACUGAAGCAUACUAGUCUUAAUAACAUUAAGCAGGAAAAAACCCACCAAUAUCUGAGGAAAAGUCAUAGUGUUACUCCUGUGAAAGUAUUUGCUGAUAAAAGUUAGGAUUUUGUUGUGAAACAGAUUCUUAACUGAAGAUCAGGCCUCUGAUCACUCUCCUGAUACAAAACCAAUGAACAAUACAAACAGUCCAUACUCAAAUCCAGACAUAUAUAUGUAAUGCCAGUAACUGUCACCUGAAUGAACCAGAGGAAAGUACUGUUUUUAAUAAUGAAGUACUGCAUUCUUUAACAGCAAAACCUUUUUAUUAUUAACCUGUCCUACCCAGUGAAUUUUAGAAGCUACUUUGCUGUAGGAUUAAGUUCAUGGUUGAUUGCAGUUCCUCACAGCUGGAUUAAAUCUAGAUUUCUGAUCAGGUAGCUCAGCACUGUUAAAAAAACAGCAGCAUUGUUUGUUUUCCCUUAGGAUUUUGUAUACAUGAAAUGCUGCUUUUGUAAAGCAAAAUUUAAAGAACAAAAUACAUACCUUUUUAUUUCAUUCUUUUCUAAAGACAAAAUAAAUAUUCUUGAAAUGAACAUGUACACUCUAGCCAAUGAUGUGCUUACAAAUCUGUAAAUUCUUUGUAAAGAUUCUUGUUGGGAAAUUUGAUUUCUGAAACUGUUGCCUUUGACAGAUUUUAUGGAGGAGCUGCCACUCAGAGGUCUGGAACGUGGGAAAAUGAUGACAAUAAAUGGUUGUGCUCAUGAUUUUUUUCCCUACUGGAGAAUGAAGGAUGAGAGGUCUUCAAGUUCCACAUGACUUCCUCCAAGGGAGAUUUUGAGUACUUUCAUGAAGUUGACAUGGAAUAUAUGGACUACUUAAAUGCUUUUACUUAGUAUCUUCUCUUAAAGCAUAGGAUUUAUUGUCAAUUAUUUUCAAGGUACUUGUACCACAAAGAACUCAGGGACUCUGUAGCCAGCACAAUGAUGUAAAACAGCAGCAGAGCUGGUAUUUUUCACAUAAAAGUACAGAGCAACUUCUAAAUGAAAACUGUGAGGACAAAUUAAAUAUCCUUUCAACUUUUAAAGGCCUGCUAAUAAGAAACACAGAGGAUUCUUGAAAGUUUAUUUGCCCUCAGGUUAUGAAUAGACUUUUGACAAUCACAUACCAAAAGUCAGGACUUUUAUUAUACAAGGCAUUGUGGGCAGAGCUCAGUAUUUUGCUUGCUUUUAUCCUAGCUCCUGUAACUGAUCAAGUCUCAGUAACAAUUUUCUUCCCAUACUUCCUAUCAGUACAAUGUAUUACUUAGUAAGAGAAAGCAUUUGUAAAAAAGACUACUGGAAAAGAAGCAAUAGCAAACAAAAACCAUUUACCUUUAAACAGACAAAAAGACAUGCUUUCUGUGAGCAACACGAGAGCCUUUCUUCCUGUAUACCCUAACUGCUGCAUUCUGACCAGGACUACCAAAAUGCUUUAAGUGAAACUUUUAGUACCAUGAUAAAUGUUUGCAACUGACAGCACUCUUUGUAGGUACAGAAACCCCUUUUUAAAAAAAAAAAAUUUAAAAAAAGGAGGAAAGAAAGAAGUUACAUCAAGAGUAGGGAUUCAUUGCAAGUAAGUUACACCAAAGAAUAAUAGAAGUUAUUAUGAAUGUAUUUACACAAUUGUUAAAGUACACAAAUACAGUGAUCAUACAAAUGAAGUGCUCUGAAAUACUGGUUUCCAAUACACAGGUUUAUACAGACAGUCUAUUUUCUGCAUGAUGGCAUUUAACUAUUAUGAAGGACAAAACUGCCCACAAGUGAGUACAAUUCUAGAAGUCUGCAGUCAACUUUUAAGUAUAGUACAGCAAUCUAAUGUGCCAGAUACAGAGAGAAUAAGAGGCUGCCUCUGUGAGUCCCUCUAACAGUACAUUAUUAACCACAGAUAUUUACAAGGAAAGCACAGUGAAGUGUAGAACUGUUCAAAUGGUAGUGCACAAGCCUAAAAUACUGAAGUUUAUAGUAACUGAGGAAAUAAUUCUCUUAUGCAAACUUAUCCAUGGAUCAAACUCUUAAGCUUUUCCACUAUACUCUCCCCAAACACAGGUUUUCCCCAGUCAAGAUCCAGAGUACACACAAGCAAGUAGCUAAUGUUCUGAAAGCAUCCAAAGAAGAGCGACUAAUACUUAAUACGUGGACUUUUGAGAGGGGCAAAUCCGAAUUUGUAAGCACCAAAACAGUAAAAAUUACUCUUCAUAAAACUCUGAAGACCAAUAGGCCUUU